AUGAUGAACACGAUAUUUACUCCACCAUUGUACAUACAACGAUACGAAUUUGUCAUUGACUUCGUCAAAAAGAACAAACCCAAAAAGGUGGUAGACUUGGGAUGCAAUGACUGCACUCUCCUUAGGAAGCUGAAGUUUCACAAAGAAAUUGAACUGCUUGCUGGACUGGACAUUGACUGUGCAGUUAUCAGGGAUAAAAUGUAUGAACUGGCACCAAUUCCAACUGACUACCUGCAGCCAGGUGAUCAUCCCCUGACCAUUGAGCUAUACCAGGGUUCAGUCACAGAGAGGGAUCCCCGCACCAAAGGAUUUGAUCUGGUGACGAGUAUUGAGCUCAUUGAGCACCUACAGCUUGAGGAUGUGGAUAGGUUCACUGAGGUUGUAUUUGGCUACAUGGCCCCAGUAGCAGCGAUCAUUAGUACUCCAAACGCUGACUUCAACCCCCUGCUCCCCGGGCUGACAGGGUUUAGACACUACGACCACAAAUUUGAAUGGACUAAAGUAGAGUUUCAGACCUGGGCUCUGAAGGUGUGCAGAGAGUUUGGUUAUGUGGUGGCGUUUACAGGUGUAGGACAGAUACCGGCCCAGGAGGAGAGCAUCGGGUUCUGCUCUCAAAUCGGAGUGUUUCAGAUAGACAGGUCAGGAGGUGACGCACCACGUCUGCAAAAUAAUGUCGCAGAGGAGCAUCUUCCUUACAGAGUGCUAUACAACGUGGUGUACCCAAGCCUGUGUGACAGCAAUAUCUUCCAGAGGACCCUGGUGAAUGAGGUCCUGUACUGGGCUGAGACCCUGAAGAGAGAGUGGCUGGAGGAGAUACGUGGACGAGUGGAGGCGGGUGGUAGAGGGUUUGAGGUAGAGAAUGAGGAGGUGGGGGGAGAGGGUAAAACAGACAUGGGACAGGAGGAGCUCUACAGAGAAGGUCAGUCUGUGUGUGUCCCCUUGGUCAGGUUGUGCUCCUGCCCCAGAGUGCAAGCUCUGAGUGGGACAGUCCAGCGUCUCACAAAGUUCCUACUGGAGAACUCUAGAGUACAGCUAACCAACGAUGGCACUGCCGUGGUGUUGGUGGACAGCGAUGAUGAAGAUUUGGAGUGGGAUGAGAAAUGUGAUAACACAGGGACAUGUUCGUUCUUGGUCAGUAGCAUGGAGAACGAGGACUGGGAGACAGAGCUUGGUCAGUAG